AUGUCUCACCGCAAGUUCGAGGCUCCCCGUCACGGUUCGCUGGCUUUCUUGCCGCGCAAGCGUGCUGCCCGUCACCGUGGCAAGGUCAAGUCCUUCCCCAAGGAUGACCCCAAGAAGCCCGUCCACCUGACGGCUACCAUGGGCUACAAGGCCGGUAUGACCACGAUCGUCCGCGACCUCGACCGACCUGGCGCCAAGGCGAACAAGAAGGAGGUUGUCGAGGCCGUCACUGUCAUCGAUACCCCACCUAUGAUCGUUGUUGGUCUGGUUGGCUACAUCGAGACUCCCCGCGGUCUGCGCUCGCUCAACACCGUCUGGGCUGAGCACUUGUCCGACGAGGUCAAGCGCCGCUUCUACAAGAACUGGUACAAGAGCAAGAAGAAGGCCUUUACCAAGUACGCCAAGAAGCACUCCGAGAGCAGCGGCUCCUCCAUCACCCGCGAGCUCGAGCGCAUGAAGAAGUACUGCACCGUCGUCCGCGUCCUCGCCCACACCCAGAUCCGCAAGACCCCUCUCAAGCAGAAGAAGGCCCACCUCAUGGAGGUCCAGAUCAACGGUGGCUCCGUCGCCGACAAGGUCGACUUUGGCCGCGACCUCUUCGAGAAGCCCGUCAACGUCGACUCUGUCUUUGAGCAGGACGAGAUGAUUGAUGUCAUUGCCGUCACCAAGGGUCACGGUUUCAACGGUGUCACCGCCCGUUGGGGUACCAAGAAGCUCCCGCGUAAGACUCACAAGGGUCUCCGUAAGGUUGCUUGUAUCGGUGCCUGGCACCCGUCCCACGUCCAGUGGACCGUUGCCCGUGCCGGUCAGAUGGGUUACCACCACCGUACCUCGGUCAACCACAAGAUCUACCGCAUCGGUAAGGCUGACGCCGAGGACAACGCCUCCACUCCUCUCGACAUUACCAAGAAGCGCAUCACACCUCUUGGUGGUUUCGUCCGCUAUGGUGAGGUCAACAACGACUUCGUCAUGGUCAAGGGCUCUGUCCCUGGUGUCAAGAAGCGUGUCAUGACUCUCCGCAAGUCCAUGUUCACCCACACCUCGAGGAGGGCUCUCGAGAAGAUCAACCUCAAGUGGAUCGACACCUCUUCCGAGUUUGGACACGGUGCUUUCCAGACACCCGCGGAGAAGAAGCAGUACCAGGGUACUCUCAAGAAGGACCUUGCCUCCGCAUAA